UCUAUUUCUUUGUUUCCUCUUCAAUUUUUUCAUAAGCUUUCUAUAGUUAAGCAAACAGAUCUUUUUAUCUCUUUGCUUAGGUUCAUUUCUAGAUAUCUUAAGGGUUUUGGUGCAAUUUCUAAAUGGGAUCAAUUCCUUGAUAUCUCUUUUUGCUGCUUCAUUAUUGGUGUAAAGAAAUGCAGCUGAUUUCUGUAGAUUGAUUUUAUAUCCUGCACUUUGCAGAUGACAUGAUAGUCUUCAUGGAAAACCUGAAAGUCUCCACCAAAAACAGCUAGAGCUGAUCUAUAGGUUUUUACCUCCAACGUAUUCACUAAUGCAUUUCUAAAUUUAUGUAUCUUCUAUAAUAUAAUCUCUGUUAUGGCUUCAAAACUUCAGUUUUCUUCUCUACUCUUUCAGAUGUGUAACAUGGAUAACAUAAUGAGUUUCCUAUAUUCUUGCCGUUGUAUAAUCUCGGCUAUGAUAAAUGACUUAUAGAGAGUCUGAGGUCCAUUCAUAUUGUACACUCACCUCCACACACCUAUUUCCAGAGACAGUUGCUCCCAGGGCUGUCUUGAAGCUGUAAGGGGUGGAUAGUCAUGGAAACCUUGUCCUGUGGCCUCCACUCUCCCAACAUAGCAUCUGAUGAGGGAAAUUUGGGCAGUGAUGGCUCCCAUGGGAGCCACACAUUCACACAUGCACUGACACCCAUGUGGGGCUCCAACGGAAGGAAGCACUUUACACACAGACAGAGGGAACAUGGCUCAGUGCUGACCUUGGGCUGGAUCAGUGGGCAGAGACAUGUCAGGUCCCACUCCACACAUGGUGGAAGGUCAUGAAGCUUCCACAGUCACCCAGAAAGCACAUGCCCUUCCUGCCUGUGAACACCUGGCUGCCCCUCCUGGCCACACAGAGGCAGAAAUCAAAUUGGAUGACCCCCACCUGGAUCCCAGGGACUGGUGGUCACUUGGCUUUGGCCUCUUUUUCUCUUGUGGUCCUGUCAAUUCUAGAAACGUUUGCUUCCCCUUUCUUGCAGUUGACGGAUGCCAGCUACAUCAGAAACAUCAUAAAUAGCAUUUCUCCAUGUUAGAAGCAGAUGGGUUCUCUAGAGAGGGUGUAUCCCUGGUCCAACCUGACUGUGGGGCCCAACACCUGGUCCUCUCCUGUCCCAACCACACCCCUCUUAUUCAGGUUGGGAAACUAACAAUGAUUGAUUCUGCCAUGUUCCAGGUACCCCUGACCCCACACCCAUUGUGAGGAGUGGGGUUCAGGACAAAGUGCUACAGACCAGGUCCCUCUGCUAAGGUCACAUGAGCAGCAGAUGAUGGAGUAAUAUUUACAUUAGAAUUAGCUUUGUCCCCCAGAUCAGGGCACUCACCCAUGCAUUGUCCCCUACAUCUUGCAUGCAGGGCCCCAGAAUGGGAAGGAGGACUCUGCCCCAGACACAAGGGGCACUGAGAGACAGGAGGGACUCAUGGGCAUGUUCCCAGGAAGUGGAGGUGGAUGAUGACACAGGAAAAUAGAGAAGUCCAUGAAGGCUGUGACAGAAAGAAAGCCCACACUCUAAGGCCAGGAGAGGGCUGUGUUUCCUUCCCUAUUUCCCUGUAUUUCUCCUCUGUGUUCAUUGCCAUGGUGACCUUGACCUGAAUCAUGCAGAAAUGCCACAGGUAUGUCUGCACUGACAUGAGGCCACAGAAGAUCUAGAACCCUCGUCACCUACAGCAUCUCCGGAGCCUGGGAACCCCAUGUGUGGUGGCACCCCCAGGAUGUGGCGGACCAGCCCCCAAGUGGCCACACCCUGUGCUUCUGUCUGUCCUGAGGGCACUGAGAUCCCUCCAUCUGCACAACCAGAGACAGAGGCAGGAGACGCCAUGACCCCCACCCUCACAGCCCUGCUUCUCCUCGGGAUGAGUGUGGGCCCCAGGACCCGAGGGCAGGCAGGGACCCUCCCCAAACCCACCAUCUGGGCUGAGCCAGGCCUUGUGGUCCCCUGGGGGGCACCUGUGACCAUCUGCUGUCAGGGGACUCAGGAGUCCCAAGUGUUCCUUCUGGAUGAAGAGGGAAGAUUAGGGCUUCGGGAUGUUCAUUUCCCAAAGAAGCCUGGGAACACGGCCAAGUUCUCCAUCACACACAUGACAGAUAGACAUGCAGGACGGUAUCACUGUUCCUAUCGGAGCCCCGCUGGCUUGUCAGAGCGCAGUGACCCCCUGGAGCUGGUGGUGACAGGAUUCCAUGGCAAACCCCGUCUCUCAGCCCUGCCCAGCCCCGUCGUGACCUCAGGAGGGAAGGUGACCCUCCAGUGUGCCUCAUGGAUGGGAUUCCAUAGGUUCGUCCUGAUGAAGGAAGGAGAACCCAGACCCGCCUGGACCCUGGACUCCCAGCAACCCACCAGUGGACGGUUCCAGGCCCUGUUUCCUGUGGGCCCUGUGACCCCCAGCGCCAGGUGGACGUUCAGAUGCCAUGGCUAUUUCAACAACACUCCCCAGGUGUGGUCACACCCCAGUGACCCCCUAGAACUGCUGGUCUCAGGUAUGUCCAGGAAGCCCUCCCUCCUGACCCAGCGGAGCCCCGUCGUGACCCCUGGACAGAGGCUGACCCUCCAGUGUCGCUCUGACGUCGGCUAUGACAGAUUCGCUCUAUACAAGGAGGCGGCACGUGACCUUCCCCAGCACCUUAGCCUGCAGCCCCAGGCUGGGCUCUCGGGGGCCGACUUCCCCCUGGGCCCAGUGAGCGGCUCCCACGGGGGCCGGUACACAUGCUAUGGUGGACACAACCUCUCCUCCGAGUGGUCGGCCCCCAGUGACCCCCUGGACAUCCUGGUCACAGGACAGCUCUCCUACACACCCUCCCUCUCAGUGCAGCCAGGACCCAUGGUGGCCUCAGGAGAGAAUGUGACCCUGCUGUGUCAGUCCUGGAGCUCUGUGAAUACUUUCUUUCUGUCCAAGGAGGGAGCAGCCGACCCUCCCCUGCGUCUUAGAUCAAAGUACCGAGCUGGACAUUACCAGGCCAAAUUCUCCAUGAAUCCUGUGACCUCAGCCCAGGGGGGGACCUACAGGUGCUACGGCUCAUAUAGCAACUUCCCCUACCUGUUGUCACACCCCAGUGACGCCCUGGAGCUCCUGGUCUCAGGACAGCUCCCCUCCACACCCUCCCUCUCAGUGCAGCCAGGACCCAUGGUGGCCUCAGGAGAGAAUGUGACCCUGCUGUGUCAGUCCUGGAGCUCUGUGGACACUUUCCUUCUGUCCAAGGAGGGGGCACCCGAUCCCCCCCUGUGUCUUAGAUCAGAGUACCGAGAUGGGCAUUACCAGGCCAAAUUCUCCAUGAAUCCUGUGACCUCAGCCCAGGGGGGGACCUACAGGUGCUACGGCUCAUACAGCACCUCCCCCUACCUGUUGUCACACCCAGUGACCCUGGAGCUCCAGGUCUCAGUAGCAGCUGACACCAUCAGCCCACCCCAAAACAAGUCAGACCCCCACAUUGCCUCCAACCCCAAAGAUUACACGCUGGAGAAUCUCAUCCGCAUGGGUGUGGCAGGCUUGGUCCUGGUGGUCCUCGGGAUUCUGCUAUUUCAGCCUCGACACAGCCACAGAAGAACCCCAGAUGCAACCAGGAGACAAACACAAUGAGAAAAUGGAGACAACCCACCAUUCCGUGUGGCAGAGCUCUAGGAAUGAACCUAAUGGUCCAGGGGGUUCUGGAAGAAAAUCUGCAGCUUUGCCAGCAGAACUGUCCGCUGAGAAACUGUCUGGGCUGUUGCCUGGCCAGGACUCUUCGUCCAUGAACUGUGGUACUUUCCCUCCUGCCAUUGAUGGAUUCCCUUCACUGCCACCCUGUCUUUUUUCAUCCCUGUGACAGGAGGGUACAUCUCACACUGGUUUAGGUUCAUACCUUCCUACAGUGUCAUGUUCUGGUCCACUUUACUGGGAUACAUUUUCCUUUAUUUUCAAUUUUCACAUUCCCUAAUGUGUGCUGUCCACUUCCAUUCCUUCAGCACCAAACAAAAUAUCUGUUUUAAUAAGUGAGUAAGUGGGUGAAAAUCAGAUCCACUUUGUGACAGAAAAAUCCAAAACCAAUGCCUUAACUCCCUCUGGACUCAUAAAGCUCUUUGCUCCUCAUCCAAUGAUUCCCGGGGUAUUUUCCAGAAAUACCCAUAGUUGGACUGAGCACAGGGUUGUCUGAAGUGACAGCCUGGUGCUGUGCUGCUACACUGGUUCACGAAAUAAUCGUUUUUUAGAAAGCUGCUUCCCACGGCGUUUGCCCAUUUCUUCGGUGUAAACACGCCCUUCAUGGCCAACAUCAAGAUGUCAUGUGAAUGCAAUGUGUGCCCAGCAUGGACACAGUCAUCCUUCACAGGUGAGUGUGAUCCAGAUGUGGGACACCUCACUGGUAACCCCAGCAUGUACGUAUGCUUCCUUCUAUUUGUAAGAUCCUUGGAUUUACCACUUCAGUGUAAUGCCACAGUUUCAGUGAAUUGUAAUCUCCACUCCUAGUACAUUCACAUGAGAGGCAAGAGAACACAAUUGCAAAAUCAAUUGUUGGAGAAAAUACCGUGUACUUAGAAUUUCAAUACAUUACUGGUAGGAGUAUAAAUUGUUCCAUUCAAUUUGGGGAGUAGAUCAGAUUCACCUGGUCAAAGGAAGAGACACAGCUCUGUCCCACAACUCUAUGCCCUAGAGGAAACCGUGUGCAUAUGCAUGCUGAUAUAUGCAUGAGAAUAUUGACAAGGGUGUCAUUUAGUGUAGAUAAAACCAUACAAACAAAUCAACAGUUUCAAUGUUUAUUUAUUUUUGGGACAGAGAGAGACAGAGCAUGAACGGGGGAGGGGCAGAGAGAGAAGGAGACACAGAAUCGGAAACAGGCUCCAG